UUGAGAAUAGACGAUCCAGAUGGUUGUCGGCCGUGUACUUGUCAUCUGUUUGGUACUUACAAUAACGAAGGUUGUGACAAGGUUACAGGCAAAUGUACAUGUAAGGGCCUUGUGACAGGGGAAAACUGUGAUCAAUGUUUGCCUGAGCAUUAUGGUCUCAGUGAAGAAUUUAGUGGAUGUAAACCGUGUGACUGUGUCAUUGGAGGCGCAUACGAUAACAACUGUGACGUAAUAAGUGGACAAUGUAAGUGUCGACCGAAUUUCUCAGGUCGACGUUGCGAUACCGCUGACAGUUCGUUCUACUGCCCGAGCAUUGAUCAUUACACUUAUGAGGCUGAAAAUGCUAACAUUACUCGUGGUGAUGUCGUGCAAAAAGAGCUGCCACUUCAUGCACGUGACAGGAAAUGGACAGGAGAAGGUGUCGUACGCGUCUACGAGGGAUCAACCUUGUCAUUUCAAGUCAACAACCUGGCACAAAGCAUGAAUUAUGGCAUUAUUAUUCGUUACGAGUUACCACCGUCGUACUACGGAUGGGAAAACGUUGAAAUAGCAGUGGUUCGACCGUCCAACCUAGAUCCUAAUGGCCCAUGCAGCGGCGCUGCUCCAUCUGACGAUUUCUUGAUCGUUCGCCUACAGCCUGAUCGCCAAUACGUUGAGGUUUCACCCUAUGUCUGCCUUGAAAAAGGAAAAUCAUACGAAAUACGUAUAGCAUUUGGUAAUAAACGUUCCGAUUAUUCUGAUAGGUCUGCUUACGUCUUUAUUGAUUCUAUAGUUCUUGCGCCACCAGCAACUUCGCUGCAAGUAUUCCAAGGGUCAUAUGUAGCCGAACGUCAUCGAGAUGAAUUUACUCGUUACCACUGCCGAAAUCAGGCUUUGGCGUUAACACCAAUAACGGAUUUGCCAGAAGCUUGUUUACGUUAUAUCUGUCCUGUGGCUGGAUCGGUAUUUAAUCAGGCUUUAAAAUGUAACUGCGAUCCCACUGGUUCUAAGUCUAAUAUUUGUGCUCCAAAGGGUGGACAGUGUGAAUGUAAAACAAAUGUGGUGGGGAGGAAAUGUGAUCGCUGUGCUGUUGGAACAUUCGGUUUUGGCCCAUCAGGUUGUACUGCUUGUGCGUGCGAUAGCGUAGGAUCAUUGAAUAACGUCUGUGAUCGACAAAGUGGUCAGUGUUUAUGCAGAGAACGCGGUAUUACUGGAAGACAGUGCAAUCAAUGCCAACCUGGUUUCUGGGACUUCCCCACGUGUCGUGUUUGCCAGUGCAACGGGCAUGCCUCAAUAUGCGACCAAGUGACUGGUGUUUGUAUUGAUUGUCGAGAUUUGACUGAUGGCAGAAAUUGCGAAAGAUGCAAGAACGGUUAUUAUGGAGACCCACGUUUGGGUGCAAAUAUACCCUGCAAACCUUGUCCAUGUCCUAAAGGUCCGGAAAGUGGUUGUCAGCACGCAGAUUCCUGCUACUUGAAGUCGUUUGAUACUAAAGAAGUUGUCUGUAACUGUAGGGAAGGAUAUGUUGGUGAACGAUGCAACGCUUGCGAUGUCAAUUACUGGGGAACACCAAAUGAGGUCGGAGGUACGUGCGAACGUUGCGAGUGUAACGGUAAUAUUGACUACAGUGUAGAAGGAAGUUGUGAUCCUGUCACUGGCGACUGUCUCAAAUGUUUGCACAACACUGAAGGUACUCAGUGCGAGAAUUGUAUUGAGGGCUACUUUGGUGAUGCAAAGAUUCGUAGUUGUGAAAGAUGCGUAUGCAACAGGCUUGGCACGGAUGCUAGUGGAGGUGCUUGUGACCGUGUUACUGGUCAAUGUGUUUGCUUGCCAAAUGUGACUGGUCAGCAAUGUGAUGCGUGCGCUCCGUUGCAUUACAAUUUGGCGAGUGGCAAAGGUUGUGAGGCUUGUGAUUGUGAUCCUACGGGAGUUUCUAUGAGAGAAGAUGGAAGUCUAGCACUACAGUGCAAUCAGUUUGAUGGAAGAUGCCCUUGUAAGCGCGGCCGCGGUGGUAGAACUUGCUCGGAAUGUGAAGACUUUUACUGGGGUGAUCCGAAAGCAGGAGAGUGCCAUAGAUGUGAGUGCGAUCCUUCGGGGUCUGCAUCUCAACAGUGUCACAGAACAAACGGCACUUGUAUCUGUUUGCCAGGUUCUGGAGGACCAUCGUGUAAUGAGUGUGCUCGUGGGUAUACAGGACGAUGGCCGUACUGUGAGGCUUGCGGUGAAUGUUUUACUAACUGGGAUAGUAUUAUACAAGAGUUGAGGAAGCAGGUUGAAGAACUUAUUGAUCGAGCCAACAGCAUAGAAGACACUGGCGUUGGAUCUGUUUACGAUGAUGUGUUCGAACGUACUGAAGAAAUUUUAAAGAAUAUAAAAGCUAAAUUGGAGUCAGCAAACAUUACCAAACAGGAUACAGAAAAAUUACAGGAGGAGAUUGAGGGGCUUGCAGAGAAGUUAAACCAAGGAGUUAUUGAAACAUCUGCAAGUUGCGAGAGUGCUUGGGAAGAACUGGAAAAACUGCUAAAAAAAGCAGAUGAAUUAACUCGUCAAGCUCAAGAGCUGAAUGAAAAUGGUGCAUACAAUAUCACAUAUGAGGCUGCAGAUCGUUCUGCCGCUGCUAAGGCGAGAGCGGCAAAAGCAAAUGAAUUAAUCAAACUUGCUGAGAAUGAGAGAAAUAAGGCUGAGGAAAUGUUGGAAAAGAAUGAGAGAGACUUCCAAAAGCAGUUUGACGAAAACGAAGCAGCAUUAAAGGAAAUUGGCAGCCAAAUGUCCACCUUGGAGAAGUUACUGCCAGGCCUAAAUAAAGAUGUAUGUGGUGCGGAAUCUGCUGAUUGUGACGAAUUAUGCGGCGGCCCUGGUGAUUGUGGACAUUGUGGAGGUGGUGGUUCCUGCUUGCAAGGAUCAGUAACAAAGGCAAAACAGGCGCUUGUCUAUGUCAACGAAACGGGUGGUAAAUUAGACGAGAAACAACGAAAAGCUGAAGGGUUAAAAGGCGAGACACAAAGGUUACUUUCAAGUGCUUCUAUAACCAAAAAUAAAGCUAGCAAAGGACAUGAAGUGGCACUGGAAGCAGCAAAAAUGGCAAAUAAUACAAAGGAACAACUUGAAGCAAUUUUGAAAGAAACAGAUAGCUUUCUUAAUGAAGAACGUUCAAGUCCUGAACAGAUUCGUGCUCGUGCUCAAGAAGUACUGGAUGCUCAAAUAUCACUAACACCGGAGGAAAUAAAAGAACUCGGCGAUAAGAUUCACAAGCUGUUGAGGAACAUUGACAAUAUUGACGAUAUACUUGCUGAAACUAAGGGAAAUAAAACAAUCGCAGCAGCGCUUCAGAGACAAGCUGAAAAAGCUAGUGAAAAAGCUUCGUUGAUUAGGAAUAAUAUGGAUACUGUAAAGAACGAAGCGAAAGCAGCAGAAGAACUAAUUCAGAAGACUAAUAAAUCUUGGGUGAAUUUAGAAAAUCAGAUGCAAAAAAUCAGGUUGAAAUACUUGGAGGUUUCUAAAGAGGCUGGUCGAGCAAACGAGGACGCUGUGGAGGUGAUGGAAAAAGCCGAAUCGUCUGAAAAGGCUGUUGAGGACAAUAAUGAACAGUUAGAAACUGCUCGAGAAUUAUUAUCUGAAAAACAGAAAGGCAAUGAAAAGAAACAAGCAAGGGCUGAAGAAUUGAAGAAACGGGCUACAAGGUUGCUAGAUAUGGUGCAGAAGCAGCAGAAACUGAUAAAAGAGUUAAAUGACUCAGUUCUUGCUGCUGAUGUCAGAAUUGAUGAUUAUGUGAAAAAGAUUGAUGGUUUGAACGACCGUAUAGGUAAAGUAUCAGAAGAAAUAAAUACGAAGAUUAAUUUCCACAACAGUUGCGAUAAGUAAUC